CCCCGCUUCGAUUCAAUCAUCGAAUGUUUCACAGACAAUCUCUUCUCGAAUCCUGUCGUGUUGAUAACUCUUGUGAAUUCCAUCUCUCCUCACAGCGAUUGCGUGAGUGGCAUUUCCGCACGGAUUGUUCAGCUACAAAGACAACCAUGGCCGCCACGAUGAUGUCCCAUAUCGCAUGUGCGAAGCUCGGAGGAUUGCAAGCUCUGCCAACCCUUAACAAGUUGGCUGGUGGUCGGAUUGCAGGAACUCCGAGGUUGAUGACCUCCCUUGCCGGGCGUGUGCGUUGCGGCGUGGACAACGGUCAGGGUCAGGGUCCAUUGGCGGACGCCAAGGCUGUGGUGGACCAGCAGACGAAGAAGACCAUCACCAAGGACGACAUCAUGCGGAACCAGGAGAGCAACGAGUCGGAGAAGAAAUCGGUGUUCGGCACGGAGCCGACGUCGGGGUCCUUCUACCCACAUCCCGAGGUCGAGAGAAGGCCGGAGACGGGCGACAAGUCCUUCUUCAGCGUGUUUGCAUUUGACGGAGCCGCACCCGAGGUCAUCAACUGCCGUCUGGCAAUGCUGGGGUUCGUGUGGGCAGCGGUCGCGGAGAGGCUGACAGGGCAGACGGUGUUUCAGCAAGUGACGAAUGCCGGCCAGCCUGGUCUCUUCUACUUCCUGGCUGUGGUCCAGUUGUUCACGUACGCCUCCAUGGUGCCCAUCAUGAGCGGCGAGUCGACGGACGCGCGCAGCUUCGGCCCUUUCACGGCGAAGGCGGAGCGAUGGAACGGGCGCAUCGCCAUGCUGGGAUUCUUGGGCCUCGUCGUGACGGAGGCGUUCACCCACUCUGCCGUCUUCGGCAUGUAAAUUCGCCAUCCUGCGGGCGCGAUUCAAGAUCCUUCGUGGAUCCGGAAAGUUGUACAUAUGUGCGCGCGCACAUGUGAGUUAGCUGGUCGACGAUCAUUCACUUUCUCACUCAUCGACAUAGCGAUAGAAUGAGUUUGCCAGAUUGAAGUACCUAGAACAGCGUGGAAUCACGGCUGCUGCUGCUGCUGCCGCCCGUGGAGAGAACUUGUACAUUACUCCUUGAGUGUAAAGCGUGACCAACAGUUUGUAUAA